CCCUUUGCAAGAAGAACCGAUACGGCGCGUUCUCCUGCGAGCUCAGGAUCGCCGUGCUGCUUCCGGCGGACGCCAGCUUCGACAUCUCAUUACCGAGGGUACGCCCGGUUCUCGAUCUGGCCGUGGUGGAGGCCCGCUCGCGAGGACUGCUGCCCCCCUGGCUGAGGCUCAAGUUUCACCCCCACGACGACCACUGCGACGCCAUGUACGCGCAGAUCGCCGCCAUCGACGGCUUCUCCAACUGCGUGCAUCUGUUUCUGGGCCCUGCGUGCGACUAUUGCGUGGCGGCCGUGGGCAGAGUGGUGAAGUUUUUCGGCGCUCCUUUGAUCACCACCGGUGGCUUCACCUACGACUUCACGGAGAAGAAGACCGAAUGCAAGGACGAGUACUUCAUGACGACCAGAAUCGGUAGUCUGGCGUUCAGGGACCUCGCGAAUCUUUUCUUGGACGUGAUGAACCGUUAUGAAUGGCGUAAGGUGCAUCUGGUUUACGCCACGAACGGUCAGAGCCAGGUCGCCGGCAGGCACACCUGUCAGCUGAUGAUGAAGUCCAUGGUGGAAUUUAUUAAGAAGCAGCCGAACUUCUCGUUUGGCACGUUUGAUCUCGAGACUACCGUGGUCGGAGACUAUCCAGAGGCGUUGAGGGAUCACGUGGGCAACUGGUACAGCGUCGUGGUGAUGUGUGCAAAUUCGACGACGAUUCGAGAGAUUCUGUUGGCCGCCGAGGAGCUGGGAAUGGUUGACUCCGGCGAAUACGUAUUUUUCUCCAUAGAGCUAUCCUCCAGCGGCAACAAUUCCAAGGACCCGUGGAGGUUGGACACGGACACGGACGAGAGGAACGAGAAGGCGCGAAAGGCUUAUCAGGCGCUGUUAACGGUCACGGCGCGUACGCCCGAUAAUUUCGAGUACUUGAACUUUUCCCAGGAAGUCAAGUCCCUAGCGCAGAGUAAAUACAAUUUCACUUUUGGAAACAGUUCCGUCUCGACGUUCGUGACUGCGUUUUACGACGCCGUUCUCCUUUAUGCCCUCGCCCUCAAGGAGAGCCUGCCGGGACAUCCUGGCAAAGUCAAUCUAGAUGGCGGUAAUCUCACUCGUCGGAUGUGGGGAAGGAGCUUCAAAGGUAUAACGGGCGACGUAAAUAUCGACGAGAACGGUGACCGAAUAGCGGACUAUUCCCUUUUGGAUAUGAAUCCAGAGACGUCGAAGUUCGAGAUUGUCGCCAAUUACUACGGUGCCAAUAAAACGUUGGAAUACGUCCCCGGGAAGAGAAUCCACUGGUCGGGUGGUCGGUCGGAGCCACCGCCAGACACACCCACUUGCGGAUUCGACGGCUCCUUGUGCCCCGACAACUCGCUUCCAGGACACGCGAUCCUCUCCAUGGUUUUAAGUUCCAUCGUCGUCGUUCUCGUCGUUGCCUCGGUCUUUAUAUACAGGCACUUUAAGCUCGAGGCUGAAUUAGCUUCCAUGACAUGGAAGGUACACUGGAACGACAUCGUCCUCGUGCCCAACGCGAAAUCGAGGGGUUCCAUGUAUUCGUUGAUCGCGAACAAGAUGCGCGGUAGUCAACUGACCAUAUACUUGGAGGAGAACGUGAGCUUGCCGGACGAGGUGGAUAAGAACGCAUACGUACCGACCGGUAUUUACAAGAACUCGAAAGUCGCCAUUAAAUUGAUACCAAGGAACAAGGUGGAGAUCUCGCGACCGCUGUUGCUCGAAUUGAAGAGGAUGAAGGACCUACAGCAUGAUCAUUUGGCGCGAUUUUACGGUGCUUGCGUCGAACCACCGCAUUGCUGUCUCUUGACCGAGUACUGUCCCAGAGGAUCUCUUCAGGACAUACUGGAGAGCGAGCAGAUGAAGCUGGACGGAGUGUUUCGUGGAUCUCUGAUACACGAUAUCGUUCGAGGGAUGGCGUACCUUCACGCAUCGGAGCUGAAGAGCCACGGGAACCUGAAGUCGUCCAACUGCGUGGUGGACUCGCGAUUCGUACUGAAGAUCACCGACUUCGGUCUGCACGAGCUGAGGAAGCUGAAUCCAUGCGACGCGGAAGUGGACAAGGGCAGCUACGCCUACUGGAGAAGGCAGCUGUGGACAGCCCCGGAGUUGCUGAGGAUGGAGAGGCGACCGCCCGAAGGCACUCAGAAGGGCGACGUGUACAGUUUCGCCGUGAUCGUCCACGAGAUCGUGGUUCGCCAGGGACCGUUUUACUUGGGAGACAACUGUGAUCUCUCCCCGAGGGAGAUCGUGGAGGGGGUGAAGAGGGGCGGAGGAUCGCCUAUGAGGCCCGCCAUCGGCGAAUCGUCCGCUGAGGAGGUGGUGGCCACUCUGAUGAAACGAUGCUGGGCGGAAGACGCCGCCGACAGACCAGACUUUUCCGCGCUCAAGCAAACGUUACGGAAAAUGAACAAAGACCACGAGAGCAGCAAUAUCAUGGAUAAUUUGCUCUCUCGCAUGACGCAAUACGCUACCAACUUGGAGGCCUUGGUGGCGGAACGAACCGCGGAUUACCUCGAGGAGAAACGAAAAUGCGAGGAACUUCUCUAUCAGUUACUGCCAAGGUCCGUCGCGUCUCAGCUGAUACUCGGCCAGAGCGUAAUCGCCGAAACUUACGACCAAGUGACCAUCUACUUCAGCGACAUCGUAGGAUUCACGAAACUCUCCGCGGAGAGCACGCCCCUCCAGGUGGUGGAUCUACUCAACGAUCUCUACACGUGCUUCGAUUCCAUCAUCGAGAACUUUGACGUCUACAAGGUGGAGACGAUAGGCGACGCUUAUAUGGUAGUGUCGGGAUUGCCCGUAAGAAACGGCACGAAUCACGCCAGGGAGAUUGCUAGGAUGAGCUUAGCGCUAAGGGACACCGUGAUGACCUUCAGUAUUCGCCAUAGACCCAGCGAGCAGCUGAAGCUUCGAAUUGGAAUGCAUUCCGGACCUUGCGUGGCUGGAGUGGUCGGUUUAAAGAUGCCAAGGUACUGUCUCUUCGGAGACACCGUCAACACGGCUUCUAGAAUGGAGAGCAACGGAGAAGCUCUAAUGAUCCACGUGAGCCCAAAGACGAAGGAGAUCUUGGACACCUUUGGAACGUUCGAGCUGAUUUGCAGAGGAGAGGUGAACCUGAAGGGCAAGGGCAAGAUGACCACGUACUGGUUGACGGGCGAGAAGUCGACGAACAAUAACCUACAGCCAGUAAGCGCGAUGCCGACGCCGUUGGCUGGAGCGAUAGAAGCACCAGCGGCCAUGACAGUUAUCGCGCCGACCACGACGACGAUAAUCGCUCAAGCUACGUCGACGUUCGAUCCGCGACAGGACGAAACAGCGAACGUGGCGGAUCAGGCUAAAGUUCAAGAGAAACGGUCGUCCCAGACGGUGCAGCAAAACUGUCAGGAUCAAAAUACGAAUCACAGAGCGUCGCAGAAGCUCCAAGAGCAGCCACGAUUCCAGUCGAGCCAGCAGAAGGGUCAGCAGCUCAGACAGCAGAGCCCCGGUCGAAACGAGGGCCAAAUUCAAAGUCGAAAGGGCGGCAAUGAGGGCAACGGCGACGGUUCGCCGUCACGAAAUCGCGUCUCCGUCGGUUCGAACAACGCGGUUCCUCAGAGUCGACGGUCCUAUCAGUCCGGGGACAGUCUGCCCAAUCACACGGAAAGCGGUCCCAACGCGCCUCUGCUUGUACCCGCGACGCCCCUCCCCCGCGUUUAGCUCGAUUGCACCUAUCGCGCGACGUCUCGCGGCGUUUCGUCGAUAAACCGAUUUCAUUCCUAAUACGUGUAUCGUUGUUUCGUCUAGAAUAGCAGCGAGCUCCGAUCGGCGAGCCCGAUCGAUAUUUGGGUCCACUCGUUCGAAAGAAAGACUUUCGAUGAUAAAAUUAAGAAAUCACGGGAACACGGAAUCGCCCGUUCCGCCGAGGUACGAAGGGAGGAUCUCGUUUUCUCCCCGUCUCGUUCCGGUUCGUUCCUCGGUCCAGACGGUUCGUCGUUCCGUAGAUCCGUAGAUCCGUCUUCUGGGCAACCGUGUCGAUACAUUUCGAGGACCAGCGCUUUCGGUAGAGAAACCGCCGCUAAACUCCCCGGAUAACCGAGGCGAAACGAAUUAUUUUUUGCGCGUGCGUCGGAAGCGGAGAUCGGUCGAAGAAGACAGAGACAGCACCGGUCGUCGUUUCAUUGGCUUGGAAAGGUUCGCGAUGCAGGAAGUGCGAGGUAUUGGUAGACGGGAGACGAUGCGAUUGGUUGGCGGCGUGUCGAGGAAUGCGCGCGAAUCGAGCCGCGCAUGCGCGUAUUUCUAUGUUGACGAAGAACAGAUUAUAUAUUUACGACGAGUUAAAGUUAGCAUCGGUGUACAAAAGCGUUAUAGCGAACAGAGGCUGGGCCUCGUACGGAAACCGUCUGUCGAACGAUGGAGCUUCGGGCGAGGGACACCCGAACGCGCUCGAUGCGCGGCAUAAAAGAAAGUAUGGGUUAGAAGAAUCGACGCCACCCCCGGCGUCGCGAUCGCCCACGGCGCCUCUUAAACUGAUCGAAUUUCUCUCUAUUCGUGUCAAUCUCUUUUAACGAUGUAACGGUCGAUAU